AUGAAGAAAAAGCGAGAAAGUUGCCAAAGUAUGAUUGGCAGGAAAAAGAUGGUCUAUGUGACUCCCGGAUCACAUCGUAUUUUCACUAAGUCUAGCGUCAUGGCCGACAAUGAUGAGAAGCUUGUAACUGAGGAUGAUCGGCACCACGUGAUCGUUCGGCCGAGGGCAAUAGUUGGAUCUUCAGGGAGUGUCUGGGCAAGCAAAACAAUUCGCUUGCGACACGAGGAUCCAGCAGCUUUUGAAGUUGAAAAGACAGAAACAAACGCUGAACAUUCUCUUGGAUUUCGCAAAUGCUGCGCUAGAUUGCACGAUGACCUAUUUUUGUACUAUGACAUGACAGAGUCGGACGACUUAAACAAAAUUACCGAAGAGCAUAACUGUAAAUUUUACGCCUAUGAAAAGCAAAGAGCAGGUCAUCUAAAACUAAGGCUGGAAAAAAUGCUGCAGUUGUCAGAGAAAACAGAAAUGUCUGACCACAAUAAGUCCCUGCUUGCCUGUCGUGUGAUUCCGACCAUCAAAGACAUUUUAAAUGCCAUUGACGAGGUAGCAAACAGUGAUGCUCCAGUUGACACCGCAGAAUCUAGAGUUCAAUCUGUUUUGAAAGUGAGCCGUCCUUGAAAACAGGGUCUCGAAAUAGUUAGUGAUCUCUGCUUGCCACCCGUGAAGCCAAGAUGGGCAGAUUUGACGGAUGCCGGACCUGGGUUGGUGUUUCUAACUAUGAAGUUCGCUUUCGCGACGCUGAGUUGGCGCGAAUCCACAACUCGGAGUAUCGAGUACGAUGCCAUCGCUCGAGAGGUGACAGCGGGCAAGGCGAGGCCGAGCGCACAAACUCGGCCAUUUCAGGCGCUCUUGUUGACGGUGCAACGCUGGAAUGGAAGAAGUACCGUCGAUUCGAAGAUCUCUCUGAAGACGAAAUCAAAGCCAUGUCUCUCCAUUCCUACGAACAGUACGAAAAAGAGCGUAUGGAAAAAAAUGCUUGGCACGUUUGCAAGCAGGUCGCCGAAAGGAUAGACGACGCCCCUGUCCUGAAGGAUUACAUCACUAGUAGAGUGAGUGAGUCUCCCGAAGAGUUAUUCUUUUUUAAUGCUUCUGAGUUAAAUACGUACCGAAAUGCUUCAGAAAACAGUAAGGCCGAAAUACCCGGUGCGGCAUAUCUUAAUAAAAUAGAGAGUUUUAUUGAGGACCACUACGUCCGGGGAGAGCUCUUUUUUGAAUUUUGUCGGGAUGCCUGAAAUAAGCAAAGCGAUGCAAGCUACACACACUCUGUUCCUGGUGUACCAACAACAGAUGGGUGGGACCAGUAACAGAAAGAAUCCCUCAGCCUGUGCCAGACAAGCAAAUUCCCGGGCACUUUAUGGAUGUGUACGAAACGCCGACAACA